AUGGAAGCGCCCCCCUACGACGAACCACCCAGCGCUCCAUACGAUAGCACUGCAAUCGGGAACAACGCCUAUGCAUACGGAAACGCCGGGUAUUCUACAGGGCCCCCAGCCCCAAGUGGUGGAGGUGUAGCUCCCCCUCCAUACCCACCUAACACUGUACCGGUGGUGCAAACGAACACUGUGCCAGUGGUGCAAACGGUCACUCUUGGGGUGCCAAUCGCUACGACUAUUCACAGACAAGGUGCCCCUCCUAUGCCUGAGAAGUAUAUAAUUCAUAAUAUCCUCGUACUCCUCUUCUGUUGUCUAUUAUUCGGAAUCAUUGGAAUCAUUAAAGGUUCGCAGGUUGAUUCUCUGUAUAUCCAUGGCCAUUAUGAAGCGGCCCAAGUUGCCUCUCUCUCUGCCAGGCGAUGGUAUCUCUGGGGUCUCUGGUUUGGUGUUAUUGUGUACGUCGUCUUUCUGGUUACGGUCUUGAUCGUUGUCUUAGCGGUGUGAGACAAGACAACGAGUCAUGAACAUACAGUCGCCUGGCCAUAUCCCAACUCUAAAGAAUACAGUGUCCCACAGUACACUGCAAAACACCGGUGUUGAUCUUAACACCAGCUCAGUAUCUUUAUCGGUUUACACCAUAGAAGCGUUGAAACAACACCAGUUAAGAAUCAAACCGAUAUUGGUUUAACACUAUGCCAGAUUGGUGUUAGCCUAACACCAAACCCCCAUGUUGUUUCAACACCUCUCCGAUGUGGACUGAUAUAGGUACCUGGCCGGUGUUAAAUUAACACCGGUAUUUUUGCAGUGUAUGUACCAUAGUGUGUGCACAGUGUGGAACACAAUGUGAAGUCAUCUUACUGUUAUAGUUGAGCACUUUAACAGUGUGAAGUCUUAUAGUCCACUACGUGAACACACCGUGUUUUUUCAGCAGGGUAUAUUCUGAAGUGGGGUUUAAUUAGAUGGUAUAAUUAACUCUAUGGACUCAAAUUAUGGAAAGCCAACAAUGUCAAAAGUUGGUUUACACUGUAUAUGAUGAAGAUACAUUUCUGUACUGUUAUAGAUUUAUAUCACAGUUGACUAUUUAUAGUUAGACCACACCUUUGGAUCAGAGUUUAAACUAACCUGAUUUUAGAAUAUGGGUCCAUGAGUCUUUAUAGGCAAGACGAUAAAACUUUAAGACUAAACAUCGCAACUUUUUAAAGACACGACUCCGAGUCUAAUUGACUCACGGCACCAAGACUUAAAGGGAUGGUCCGGGCUGAAAAUAUAUCUUAAUACAUAGAGUAGAAU